GGAGCCGCUUACGUUGUGCAGCAACCAGCGACAGUUUUGAACGACGGGAGGGGAGCGAACUGUUUGUUUUCAUCCAAACCGGCGCUAAGCGGGAGCUGCUACUUGUUACUCUCCGUUUUUAGUCUAUCCAGUGUUAGGAUUAAGUGUUUUCAUGUUGUGCAAUUUUCGGGGUUUGCGUGAAGACUUCCAACUGGCAUCAGUUGGCCCGGAGGGUCAUCGUCCGCGACGACACCCUCUGCUCCGUUAGCGCCAACUGUUUAGAAAAUGACCGGAGAGAAGAUCCGCUCCCUGCGCAAGGACCACAGGCCGAGCAAGGACGAGGAUUUACUGGAGCCGGACGAGGAGGCUGCGACCGGGACCUUCACCGCCUCCAAGACGAACAACAAGAGCAGAGCGAGCAAAAUCUUCAGCAAUCACAAGUUAAUCAAGUCGUCGUCCACACAGCAGCAGCAGCAGCAGAACCAGCAGUCGCAGAUUAAUGCUAACACCAACACGCUGUCAACAUCGGAUGUUAUCGAUGACAACAACAAGAACCCCAUUAUCCGAACCGGGCAGGACUUUCCGGUGCACGAAUGUGUGUUUAAAGGAGAUGUCCGACGCCUGUCUUCCCUCAUACGGACGCAGAAUAUCGCCCAGAAAGACAACCACGGAAACACGCCGCUGCAUCUUGCUGUCAUGAUGGGCCACAAAGAGUGUGCCCACCUGCUGCUGGCCCACAAUGCACCAGUGAAGGUGAAGAACGCUCAGGGAUGGAGCCCCCUUGCAGAGGCCAUUAGUUAUGGAGACCGACAGAUGAUUACAGCACUGCUGAGGAAGCUGAAGCAACAGUCCAGGGAGAGUGUGGAGGACAAGAGGCCCAAGCUGCUGAAAGCCCUGAAAGAACUUGGUGACUUCUACUUGGAGCUUCACUGGGACUUCCAGAGUUGGGUGCCUUUGCUCUCCAGAAUCCUGCCUUCAGAUGCCUGUAAGAUCUACAAGCAGGGCAUCAACAUAAGAUUGGACACCACCCUGAUAGACUUCACUGACAUGAAGUGCCAGCGCGGUGACCUCAGCUUCAUCUUCAACGGCAACGCCAUCCCCUCCGAGUCUUUUGUUGUGUUGGACAACGAACAGAAAGUCUACCAGCGGAUACACCACGAGGAGUCAGAGAUGGAGACAGAGGAGGAGGUGGACAUCCUGAUGAGCAGCGACGUUUACUCCGCCACACUCUCCACCAAGUCCAUCACUUUCUCCAGGGCACAGACUGGAUGGCUGUUCAGAGAAGACAAGACGGAGCGUGUGGGAAACUUCCUGGCAGAUUUCUACUCUGUGAACGGCCUGGUCCUCGAGUCCAGGAAGAGACGGGAACAUCUGAGCGAGGAGGACAUCUUGAGGAACAAAGCCAUCAUGGAGAGCCUGAGUAAAGGAGGAAACCUCAUAGAGCAGAACUUUGAGCCGGCGAGAAGACAGUCCUUAACUCCCCCAUCACCCAACACUAUAUCCUGGGAAGAAUACAUCACUGCUGACAAUGGAAAAGCACCUCAUCUAGGAAGAGAGCUGGUCUGCAAAGAGAGCAAGAAAAACUUCAAAGCCACGAUAGCCAUGAGCCAAGACUUUCCUCUGGGCAUUGAAUCGUUAUUGAAUGUUCUGGAGGUGAUUGCACCCUUCAAGCACUUUAAUAAACUCAGGGAGUUUGUGCAGAUGAAGCUCCCCCCUGGCUUUCCUGUCAAACUGGACAUCCCCGUCUUUCCUACCAUCACAGCCACAGUGACAUUUCAGGAGUUUCGCUACGACGAGUUUGACGCAUCCAUUUUUACCAUUCCCAAUGAUUAUAAAGAAGACCCUAGCCGCUUCCCUGAUCUUUAACCUCUCAAGCCAGAACAGGAAACAAAUGUACAACAAGGUAACAUUAUGCUAUAAAACAUACUUUUUGAAAUAAAAAAGGAAAAAAACUGAGGGGGGAGGGAAACAGCGGGAAUCGCUUCUUGACAAUUUAUGGAUCCCAUCGUCCAUCCAGACUCUUGAGUACAGACAGCAACAAAAGACAUGACAUGGCAUCGUCAGACCUGAUGGAGGCCCAGUGUGGCAGAGAUGUCGACAUCUGAUGAGUGUGAAUGUCUCAUCAGUGAAAGGGCAUUGAAGUUAAAAUGAGUGAGAGUAGAGCAGGUGAGUUUUCUGAAUACGGGGUGUAAGUAGAAGACAUUAACAGACAACCAGUUCAGUUGAUGCUAUGUAUUUAAAAGUAUGUAAGUAAUGUUUUUAAAGGGACUGUGUUUAACUGACCUGUAGUAAAGCACUGAUAUUACUGUGUGAGAUGUUGGGGAGGAAUUCCACUUAAAGCUCAUUUUUAGGUUCCUUUCCUACUUAAGCAGACUUUAAAAAAAUUUCAUGGUGGAAAUUCAUUUUAAUUUUGUAAUACAGGGUCAAUAAGACAUGUAACUGAAAAUAAUCUAACGCACUCCUCUUAGGCAGGUGUGCAGGGAAAUAAAAUCACAACUUUUUCACUCUCACUUCUUGAACAUUGUUAUAUUUAGAAAUGUUCCCAAAGAUGUUAAAGAGUUAAAAUGUCAUUAAAUCAGUUUUGGAAAAGUUAAAGCUGUUUGCUUUUGCAGGUAAAAAAAAAAAAAACCUAAACUAAAAAUCUGUUUUUUUGUAGAAUUCCACUCUGCACAUUAUAAAUGGUGUGUGUGUGUGU